AUGCGAUGUUCUCGACUUUGGGCUACGCUCGUGCCCUACGCUGUAAUUCUUCUGGGUGGCCUAGCGUGUGCCGAAACACAGUCUCUGCCCACAUGCGCUCUGGACUGCCUUGACGACCUCGUUCCGCUGUCAACGUGCGCUGCCAAUAAUCAGACAUGCAUCUGUACAAAUGUCAGUCUUAACGACGAGCUGACCACCUGUGUCACGGCAAAUUGCACCAUAAAGCAGGCCCUCACUGCCGUCAAUGUCACCGAUACAACAUGCGGCGCCCCGGUUCGAGACCAGACCUCUUUGAGUAUCGUGGUCCCCGCAGUCGGUAUGAGUGUGACAAUGGUCCUCGUCGCUUUGAGGUUAUACACACGACUUGUGGUCACAAAGUUGGACAUGGAAUGGGAUGACUGGGCAACCAUUCUACUUGCUUGUUGCGCGGUACCUGUCAACGUCGGUUCGAUCGUACUUGGAAAGGCUGGCCUGGGCAAGGAUAUGUGGACCCUCGAGUUUACAAUGAUCACUCGAAUAUUCUAUCUUUUCUACAUUCAAGAGCUCCUUUACAUCACCUGCGUCGCCAUGGUCAAGGUCUGCUUCCUCCUUUUCUACCUACGCAUCUUCCCCUCCGACCGAAUGAGACUCGUAAUCAAAGUCUCCAUCCUCGCGACAGUGUGUUUCGGCCUCACCUUUCUCUUCGGCUUUGCGUUCCAAUGCUCGCCCGUGAGCUAUAACUGGAACGGCUGGGAUGGGGUACACAAAGGGACCUGCGUGGAGACAAAUCCUCUCGUUGUCGCCGCGGCUGCCUUCAAUAUCGUCCUAGACAUCUGGGUCAUUGCCCUGCCUAUUCCCAGGGUCCUUACGCUCCAGGCAUCGAUAAACACGAAAUUACAGGUGAUCCUCAUGUUCUCCGUUGGAUUCUUAAUUACCGGCGUCGGCAUCUACCGCGCCAUCAUGCUCAAGCUCUUUGCCACAAGCACCAAUCCUACAUGGGACAAUGCGCCCGGUGGCUAUUGGUCCGUGAUCGAAAUUGAUGUUGGAAUUUUCUGCCUAUGCAUGCCGGCCAUGCGGUCCUUGCUUGCUCGCCUGUUCCCGUCUGUUUUUGGAUCUACCCAGGAAGCAAGCAGUAUGCGACAUACUGGCAGCCAAAAGAAAAUCAGGACCGUUGACAGCGGGCCAAACACGAGCGUUGUUCAAUUGAUUGAAAUGGACAAUGCGGAAAAUUUGAAAAACUAUUCAGAUACCUAG